CCAGGCAUCCUCGCGGCUGCAUCCCUCAUCCUCCCCCUACUCCUCUCGUCCCCGCUCGAGCCGUUCACCCCGCGCGCGCUCAUCCACUCGCACCGCCUCUAUCCUCUCUUCCUCACCCCCUGGGCCACUCAAUCCACUCUCUGCGCUCUGGUCGCGCGGCUGACCCAAGCCUCAACGUUACUCGUCAUCCCACACUCCCGCGCGGCGCUCGGAUGGGGAUACGCCUACACCCUGCUUCUCAACCUACUUCGGACGACGGUCGGCUUCAUAUUCAGCCGGUCGGUAGGAUGGGCGUACCCAGCCUUGUUCUCGCACUGGGCCCUUUAUGAACCCUCUGUGGGGAUAGGACCGCCGCUGCUGGCGUUGAUGGCGGUGGAGAUGACGGCGGUGCCAGCUUGGAGAUAUCGGUGGUUGGUCAUACCGGCGUUGACGACGGGGUGGUGCGUCCUCGAGAGGGCGCCCUGGACGUAUGGGCCGUCCACUCUGCUUAGUAUGGCCCUCGCUUUGGGCUACCGCAUCGCUCGUCCCGCUCGGAAAGGCUGUACCCUCGCACCCGGCUCGCCCAACUCGGGUAUCGAGCCAGACGACGAGAAGACCACCUCACGCCCCCCAUCGCAUCUCGGUGGCCCCUCCCUGGCUUUUCUGGGUUUACUCAUCUCCUACUUCAUUCUCGACUACCGCUCGACCUUCCGCCUACCCUUCCCUUCCUCUCCGACACCCCUUUUAGACGUCAUCGUCCUAUCCUAUCCCCGUCCUGUCGACAUCGCCAUCUCCACCCACAUCCUCCGUACCACUAUCGACUCGUACCUCCCGCACCUUCAUGAUAUCACCCUAUCCGCAUUCACCCACCACUCCUUCCAUCCCGCCUUCGAUGAAAUCCAGGCCGACUACCUCGCUGUCACAUCUCACACCGAUACCGACACCCAUCCCGGCGAAAGGCCCGACCAAUACCUGCACCUCGCCGAGGCGUUUCGAUGGGCAUACGAGCGCGAGGGACGGGCAGAGUGGGUCAUGUUAGUGGAGGACGACUUUCCAGUCUGUCCAGGCGGGUGGGAAGUCGUGGGUACGGUGAUGGCGAUGUUGGAGAAUCGGCGGACAGCAAGGGAAGGCGACAUCGGCUCUGGUUUCGUAGGGACUGGCGGAAGCGGUCUCAUCAUCCACCACACCCUCCUCCCCCUCUUGUCCCGCCUCUUACGCCUCCACUCGACCGAUAUCGUCCCUGCCUCUUUCGUCAGACCUCCGCCCGACGUGCUCGUACAGGACUGCCUCCUCGGUCGCCCGGGCGUAUGCGAGCGCGAC